ACGUACGGGCUUCGUGACGCGCACAUCACAUAAAUCCCUUUAACUUAUUUCAUUCAAGCCAUCAACGUUCUGAAGCCGCAAUCAUGAUCAAGAUAUUGACCAAUCUUUUGCUCCUGAUAUGCUUUGGCUGCUUUUUGCUGCCUGAGCCUGGAGAAACAUUGCGCAUCAAACGCUCCGAUAGCCUGGCCAAUGUAACUAACAACAGUAGCAACAACACCGGGUUGCCGUUGGUUUCCUUGACGGCAUUUGCUGGCGCCGCUAAGCCACAAGUCAAGACUACGGACAAAACUGAAACUGACGUUGCCACAGCCACAAAUGCUGCAGCAGAUGCAGUUGCUGAGAAAAAGCUGCAGCUGCUGGAUGAUUUUCAGCCCAGUGAAUAUUUGACGGGGGGACGUAUGCAGCGCUGCAAGCGUCGCGAAGAGCCCAAGAGCGCUCAUCAUGUGCACCACCACAAUGCUGACGCUUCAAAUGCCGCACCACCAUAUGUGUACUUCAACAAGCUGGUCUCGCCAGAUGGCAAGCAGGAGCUUAAGGAGUUUCAGCUGAUGGCACCCGGUGUAGUAAUUGAGAGCAUGCAACAUGACAUAAACUAUGGAAAUGCAGCUGGCGAUAUGGGUGGUGUGUUGGUCCUCAACGCGGAUUCCAAUCCAAGUGCACAAAUUCGUGGAAUGAGCAAACCCAAGCAUUAUCAUAAGCACAAAUCGUCGCUGGCGCUGCCGCCCUUUCUGUAUAUGUUGCAACAGAUGCUACAGCCUAACUUGAAUGUGGACAUGGUAGACUCCUCGUCAGUGCAACGUAAUCGAAUGGAUGCACCGAUCUAUCAGUUCCUCGACGGCGCUGUGGAUAAUGCGUUGCGCAACAACCACGAUAUAUUUGAUCGUGAACGUGAGAUCGAGCUCAGCGAUAAGGAUUCAGAUAAGGGUGAAUCGCUGAUGGGAAAGAAAACAAGUGCAGAGCUCACUAAGGAGGAAAAGCUGAAGGAGUCUGUUGAGCAACUUUCAAGUCGUAAGGAGAAUGAACUUAUUCUCAGCUGCCCCAUACACCAUGAGCAUCAUGCCACUAGUAACGGUGAAAGCAUUGACGAUGAUGUCGUCCUGGUAAACGAGUGUCAUAUUAUCUAAUCACCAAUAACAACUGAAGAAGUGUAGGACAUUAUAUAAGGGGAUUCUUAGAGAAGCAGUUAAAUACUUUGGCUUGUAGAAAAAUGAUAGCAAAAUUGUAGAUAGGUAUUCAUAUUUCUUUAUUCACUGUUGCUCAACAAUAUGUAUGUUUGUUUUUGGGUUUCAAGUUCAACACCGACCGUUAAUCAAAAAAAGUGGUUUUAGCGGUGUAAGGAACUAAAAUAUAUUUUAAAAAAAAAGUUAAAAUUA